AUGUCGACUGAAACCGGGCUCAGUCUACUCCAAGGAGCGGUUUUUCGUACCCCUUAUUACCAUCGCGUUAUUGACGACUUUCUCCCGCCAGACGUACUGGCUAGAUUGCUUGAAAAGCAUGAUGGCGCCGAGUAUUUUGAAAAACAUACUGAUUUGUUUCACUUCUAUCAGACUGAAGAGCUGAACAAAAAGAAGGACUAUGCUGAGUUUCUAGAGAAGGUGAAGUCAGCCAUGGCUUUUGAUUUAGCCAAAAUUGGAAAAGCCGUUGCACACCCCGAAAUGGAUCUAUUUGGGUCUUACUACGAAAAGGGUGAUUACUUGCUGCCCCAUGAUGACUGUGUUGAUGACCGUGUGCUAGCCUUCUCCUUUUACUUGAAUACUCCGGCUAGAAGCGGCGGAUCAACAAAUGGAGAGCUAGCUCUGUUCCACAACGAUGGCAUUAGUUUGGCCAAAGCCGUGGCGCCAAAGACCAACCGCAUGGUGAUUUUUGAAGUUUCUGAUAAGUCAUACCACGAAGUGCAGAGUGCCGACGGAGUGCGAAUGGCCUUAACAGGCUGGUUGCGCUCUAAAGAGCAUGCGCCUAUGAGCUGUAUACCUCCUUACCAGCCCAAUCUUGCGCACUUCAUCCAGUUUAGCAAUGCCGACACCAAAAUAACCGAAGUACCAGAAGAGAUAGUCCAGGUGGGUUUAGAUGAAGCCAUGGGAGAGGCCCUGGCAAAGACUUUAUCCGAAUUUUCUUGGAAGCCUCGGUUGAACCUGCUCUCAGGACGAGUUUUAGAGGUAGAUGAAUGCAAUGACCAGGAAAAGACAAGAAUCCUACUUCCUUGGAUUCUAGAGAAUAGUCAUGUCCUGGAUAGUAUGUGCAUUAAGAUUCCAGAAAUGGGCUAUCUUUUGCUAAAUGACCCCUUUAACGACUCAGAAGGGGCGCUUGUGAUUAUUUCAUUAUUUGAUGGCGAUGUAAUCUUAGUGAGCGAAGAAGGCGAGCCUAUGGUAUCACUUCAGCGCGAGCAAAUGUACUUAUGUCCUCGCAACACAAACGUCUUCAUUCCCCUCAACCAGGACAGUCCCACAGGGUACGUGAUUGCCUAUCGAGUAGAUAUGAAAUAA